AUGAAGCUAUUAACAGAUGAAAUGGAAGCUGAAGCCGAAAAUUGGGAUAAAUAUGCGGAGAAUGAUAUUGUUAAAAGAGCAAAGACAAUGUCAGCUAUGUCUUACAACAUGUAUUUAUUCACUAAAGGAGAUGGUCCAUUAAAAACAACACACGAUUUGUUCACUCAAGCAGAAUUUUUUGCAGAACAAGCUAAUAAGAUGCAUAAAACUGUCAAGGAAUUUGCUUUUGAAGUUCCUGGAAGUGCAGAAAAGAAUGAUUUAUUACAAAUAUUAGAAAAAAUCCCUGUUCAUUGUCAGCAAUUACAAGUUUUAGUUAAAAGUCCGACUGUUGGGAAGACGGCGACUUUUAAUAAAGUUGAUGCUGUCAUUUCUGAGACAAAACGAUUAAUGAAUGAAAUAGCCAAGCUCGUUACUGCCUGUUUUGUAUGUGCAACUAAGUUCGAAAUAGAAUUUCGUGGAAAUAUUGGUGGCCAUACAGCAGUAGAGGGAGAUAUAAUAGGUGAAUAUUCUUCUCAAAGAGCAAGCCGUGAAUCCAGUGCUGUCUGGCGUAGAACCCCAAGUAUGAGAAGAGCAAUUCAACCUCAAACACAACACCAACAAUACCUAACAGCUGGUGGACCAUCUAGCAGUGAAGGAUUAUAG